CGGAUACCUCCACCAAGAACGACAAUAUUUACAUCUGCUCACGUAUCCACGAGGAGGGGACUGGCGUUUGGCCUGGCCUUAGCAAAUAAACUGGAUUGGGGGACUUUUAAGGGUGUAUUUACUUAUCUUGACUCAGGAUGUUUGAAUCGAUGAAGAAUGCUUUAGGAGGCAGCGGUGUAACUUUAGAAAAUGGUGGUGUGAUUUUGGUAUCAGAAACUGCGACUGCCUCUGCAAAUGGACUGGUGUCUCAUUUUCUUUCAUGGGGCAUUUCAAAUAACCAUCCAGUAUGUUUUGUCACUCUACAACAAACUUGGAGCCAUUAUUGUAACAUCGGAAACAAAUUAGGUGUAAAUUUAAGACAACACGCAGAAAAAGGUCAUGUGAAAGUUAUUGAGGGAUUGAAAAUGACUUCUGAAGUUCUUGAUGGAGUUGUAGAAGAUAUUUCAGAUCAUCCUUUUGGCUUUCUUAUGGAAAACUGCAAGUAUCCACUUAAAAACUUAUAUUGCUUAAUAAAGGAAACCGUAAAGCUUUGGAAAGAAAAGUACUUUCUCUUGAUAGUAGACAGUAUAACCUCCCUACUUUCACUUGGUGUUACUACAAAAGAUCUGGACAUCUUUAUUCAGUAUUGCAGUAGUCUUAUAAAUCAUGCUUCUGCAAAGCCAAUUGGAUUAUUGGUUCUUGUAACAAAUUAUGAUGAGAAAGAUGAAGAUGUAAGCCAUGUAACAAAUUCAAUUGCACACAAUGCUAUGAUGCACCUAUCCGUUCGUGGCCUUAGUACAGGACUCUCAAGAGAAGUUCACGGGGACCUUAAACUGAUACUAUACGACCGUCAGAAACCCCACCUUUGUUUGCCUAAAGUUCAGCAUUUUCAAUAUAAAAUGGAGGACAAGAAUAUAAAGCUCUUUGCUCCAGGCACAUCUGCUUGUGUUCUCUAGUAAUGGAUGUAAAAUUGUAUGCAAAACAGGAUUCUUCUAUGCUUUUGAUUAUUUUGUGUUAAUAAAAGUAUAUAUAAUUUUA